AACUCGAUUGUAGUUAAAUUUAUCUAAAAAAUAUCACUUCGUAGCAAAAUAGGUUCUAGGCAUUUCGCGUUUUUUAAGUUAUAACAACUUGCACAAAAUUCUUGCUUACAAUUUCAACCAUGAAUUUACAGGGACUGCGCAUGUAUAAGUUUUCAUAUAUUUGAUAUAAACCUAUAAUUUAUGUCUUGAUGUUUAUAACUAGCAAAAGCGAUACUUGAACAACCUCGGUUUCUUUCUAUGGGAUCAUUCCAUCCACCUCAUCUCUGAAAAUUCUGCUCCAAAAGAUUUUUGCCAGCUUCAUGAAAUGUGGCUCUCGUUUAAACUUUGAUGUUAAGAAAAUUCCAAGUUUAUUAGCAGGAAUGAAAUUCUAUCCUCAUAUGCUCAGGACUUACCGGUUUCAUGCAAUUCCUAACAGAUUUCAGUUUACUUGCCGGAGAUGGGCGUCAAAUUUAAAAGGAGACGGCAGUACUUGGAUAAUCAAUGAAAAUGAUAUAAAGAAAUACUCUUCUGAAUCCAAAGAUUUAGCGCACGCCCAUCUAUUUAUGAUCAAUGAACAAAAUGAACAUUCGCAAGUGAGGUUUGAUAAAUUACCAUUGCAUAAAAAUGUGAAGGAAGGAAUAUUAGCUCACUUUCCUGAGAUAAAAUACCUUACCCACGUCCAAGUACGCAUCAUACGCGCCUCUUUAAUGAAUCGCUUUCCUUUCAUGGUGCGCGCAUGGAACGGGUCAGGUAAGUCAUUCAGUGCGCUCGCUGCAGUAAUGUCUUUUUAUUACCAAUUUUUGGACAAAUUUACCAGUGAAACCGAACAUGGGUGCCAAGUAUUGAUAGUGGUACCUAACAAGAACCUUGCUCAGCAAUAUCAAGCCUGGGUAGAAAAGCUUGCGACAGGUGGUCCUUUGCAAGAGCCCUUAAAAAAGAUUUCACAAAUUUUGGAGGUUUCAUUGUCUCGUCUUGAAGAUAUUAAGCGAGACCUUCCGUUUCUAUGCAUUGCUGAAUAUGAAGAUUUGGAACGUUUGAAAGGGUUGAAUCAUCCGAUUUUGGAUCAUAUCCUACCAAAUUUAAAGACUAUUAUAUUUGAUGAAUCGGAUCUUUAUAUUCCUACAGAAGGAAGACAGCGUCGUUUGGCUGCCCCAGAACCACGUUUUAUUACCACCUCACUCCCUUCUUUCAUUCAGUUAUGCAGAGAGCGUUCUUUGAGCUCAAGGAUUAAUACAGAACUUUCUGAGAUAGAGCGCGAGAAGAAUAUGAAAAGUGGCAGCUGGCUGCCAAAUCUUAUUUUCUUAUCAGCAACAAAUUCCUACCCAUGUGCUGAUUAUGUUGGUAAAAAAAUUACAAAUCGGCUGGGUAUUAUUGGGAUUUAUCGGAAAUUUUUGCCCUUCUGGAAUAUGAAUUCCUCUCGGAAGAUACACCAUAUGCUGUUUAAAGUUACGAAAAAUCAACGAACCGAUUCUCUGCAACUUGAAGAUGUUCAAUAUGAGUAUGCUAGAAACCCUAAUUUUUAUUUCUCAGUUGGUGAUUCACCUUUGUAUUAUGAUAAUACUGAAGUAGCGGCUGACAUGUUUGUCGAGUCCGUUCGAAAAACUCUGGCUGAACUUUACAAAAGCCAUCGUACAAAGUUCGCGCCGAAAAAAAAUAUACUUAUUGUAGUUCCAAAAGAGUUUGACGUAUCGUGGUUUUGUGAACGAUAUGAACGAAUUGGUACGACUCCAUUGCGAUCGUUUGAAUGCUUUCCUCUUAAAGGGGAAGCUAUUCCGGAAAGUCAUGAACAGAAACAGAUUGCCUACGUGGUAAGUGCUUCUGAAACAAGAGGCCUCCAUCUUCGUGAGGUAGGUCAAGUGUUUCACCUAUGGAGCACAUUGUCAGCUGCAUCAUAUUUAAACAUUUCUGGGAGAAUAAGUUAUCUAAUAAGGGAAGGCUUGGUGUUUAACUACUUGUUGCCUGAAUUUCUAAAAAGUCAGGAUUUUCAGAAAUUAAACUGUACAAGAAGCGCUCUGUUAGUACUUCAACGUGUCGGUAUUCAACCUAAAAAAUUUUUUGAAACAUUAAGAUAGAAGCGAUCAUUAUAGGGUGAUUUAUGAGCAUCGUUCAUUUAAUUAAAAAUUGGUUUCAUUUCGAUUAGAGUAUAUACAACUAAUGCGACGUGUAAAUAAUAAUAAUAUAGGUUCCCAAAUUAACUAAAUUAGCAUGCAAAGAGUACACUUCACCUGUUUCCAUAGUAGGCAUAUCCCAUAGA